UCAGCCUUCUGUCCUUUUCCCACUUAUCUUUUCACAGUACAUGGUCACCUCAGGUGACUUCAAUUCACAUCUCUAUUGCUGAGCUCUAACCCAUACAGUCACUUAUUACUGGUUAGCAUCCCUUGAAUUCUACAGAUAAACAUAUCCAAAGAACACACUCUUCCCUGCUCACUGGUACCUUCUUUAUUUCUUUUAUCUUGGUGAGAGGCAUCAUUGUCCAUCUAGAUAAUGAGUUCAGGCCUGAAAAUGGUUCCUAAGCCGUUACUUGCUCUUAUACACUGUCACCAUUCUUUUAAUUCUGUAUCUCUCAAAUCUACUUCCUCCUUUUCAGCCCUAGUGCCACUAUCUUCAUUCAGAUCCUCAUCCUUUUAUCUGGAGUUUUCAAACUCUUCUGUGAUCACACUACCUGCAUUCUAUCCCUCCAUCAGGUUUUCCAUCAGGUUAGUACUCCCAAGACAUAACUUUCAUUCUUCUAUGUGAUCAAAAAUUUCAGUAUCUCCCUAAUAGCAACAAAAUAAGCCUACCUACCUAUCUGACCUUACCUCAGAUUCUCUCUUCCACAAGCUUUCUAUCACAGCCAUACUUUACUUCUGUCUCCAUUUUGCCUUUUCUCAUGUCAUUGCUCAUGCCUGGAGUAUCCUUCCUCUUCCUAACUGCAUAGCCUGAAUCUUUCUCAACCUUUAAGGCCCACCCUAUUCUGCUUCUUCCCAGAACUCUAGUCACAAUAAUAGACUCAACAUUUUCAAAGAACCUUAAUUCACAAAUGCAUCUGCCUGAGAAUUCAGCUAUACCAGCCUCAUUUUAUGCAUGAAAAAAUGCACAGAACUGAGUUACUUGUCAGAGGAUGUACAGCUGGUAAGAUACAGAGCCUGGGUCUGCUUUUACCUCAGUGACCACUCCCUCUCUGACCUCACAGCAUUAUGGUAUUCAUCACUCCUUCAAACUUAAUCAUAUACUGCCUGUGGCCAGCAGAAAGAGGAGUCUUGGGAGUGGGAGGGCAAGAUCUAAGAAGAGAUCAUCUUCUAUUUGACAUGGAAACUGGCGUGUAAGUGCACAGGAUGAAUUGAGCCACCCAGAAACUACCCUUGGGAAGAUGAUCUGUCAAUGAAGGGAGUGGAGCUUGCUCGCUCUACACGCUGCUUCACACCUGAGGAUGUCAAUGGAAAAGCUUCAGUCCCAGGCAGAGGCACAGGAGUGGGUGUGGACAUGUGCAUGAACCUUAAGAGACAUCCACUAGCUGACCAGAAACCCUGCUCUAGGGGUGGACAGAUGGAAGCUAUGGCACAGAUGUGCUCAUUGUGCCUACAGGAUGUGCAAGAUGAGGGCUCUUGGCUUCUACCAUGCCAACAUUUGUUCUGUAAGGACUGCUUCCAGGGCUUGAUGCAGGAGCUAGGGCAUAUUGCCAGGGCUUGUGGGACUGUCACAGAUGAGCUCAUCUCCUGUCCUGGAUGUAAGCGAGUGUAUCUUACGAGGGAUGUAACUGAACAUUUUUUUCUACAGUGCUUUCCUACUGGGAACCCCAAAAUGGCCAGGAACUGCUCCGAGUGCAAGGAGAAGAGGGCGGCACACAUCCUCUGUACCUACUGCAAUCGCUGGCUCUGCAGCUCCUGCACAGAGGAGCACCGGCAUGGCCCUGCCCCUGGAGGUUCGCUCUUUCCCAGGACCCAGAAGGGAUCUUCAGGAGUGAAUGGUGAUUCUGGGGACUUUGCCUUGUACUGUCCACUACACACACAGGAAGUGCUCAAGCUAUUCUGCGAGACCUGUGAUGUGCUCACAUGCCAUAGCUGCCUGAUGGUGGAACACAAAGAACAUAGAUGCAGACAUGUUGAAGAAGUUCUACAAAACCAGAGGAUGCUUCUGGAAAGUGUGACUGCACAGGUGGCACAUAAGAAAUCCAGUCUACAGACAUCUGCAAAGCAAAUUGAGGACAGGAUUUUUGAAGUGAAGCAUCAACAUAGGAAGGUGGAAAACCAGAUCAAAAUGGCCAAGAUGGUUCUGAUGAAUGAACUGAACAAGCAAGCCAAUGGACUUAUAGAAGAGUUGGAGGGCAUUACUAAUGAGAGAAAGCGGAAGCUGGAACAGCAAUUACAGAGUAUUGUGGUUCUCAACCGUCAGUUUGAGCAUGUGCAGAAUUUCAUCAAUUGGGCUGUCUGCAGCAAAACCAGCGUCCCUUUCCUUUUCAGCAAAGAACUGAUUGUGUUUCAGAUGCAGCGAUUGCUGGAGACAAAUUGUAAUACAGAUCCUGGUUCCCCUUGGAGUAUCAGAUUCACCUGGGAGCCUAACUUCUGGACCAAGCAGCUGGCUUCCCUUGGCUGCAUAACUACUGAAGGCGGACAACUGUCCCGGACAGAUAAUCCUGCUUAUGGAGGUUUACAGGGGCCAUCUUCUUUUUAUCAAAGCCACCAACCCCCAGUGGCUCAGCAAGAGGCCCUCAGCCAUUCCUCACACAAGUUCCAGCCUCCAGCUUUGUGUUCUUCGUCUGUGUGCUGCUCCCACUGCUCCCCCAUCUCACCCUCCCUCAAAGGCCAGGUCCCCCCACCUGGCAUACACACAGCCCAUAGUUUUAGGCAGCCCUCUGAGAUGGUACCCCAACAGUUGGGGUCCCUGCAGUGCUCUACCGUUCUGACCAGGGAGAAAGAGCUGACCUGCAGCACUCAUCCCCCAAAGCUGCUACAGCCAUGGCUGGAAACCCAGCCCCCUAUAGAGCAGGAAAGUACAUCCCAGCGGCCUGGGCAGCAGCAGCUGACUUCCCAGCCUGUGUGCAUAGUCCCCCCACAGGACAUUCAGCAAGGAACCCAUGCUCAGCCCACCUUACAAACACCCUCCAUCCAAGUCCAGUUUGGCCACCACCAGAAACUGAAGCUCAGCCACUUUCAGCAGCAGCCACAGCAGCAGCUGCCACCUGCUCCGCCUCCACCACCUCCACCCCUGCAGCAGCCACCCCCACCUCUACCUCCAUCCCAGCAUCUGGCUUCCAGUCAACAUGAGAAUCCUCCUGGUCCUUCCUGUUCCCAGAAUGUGGACAUAAUGCACCAUAAGUUUGAACUGGAGGAGAUGCAGAAGGACUUGGAGCUGCUCCUCCAGGCUCAGCAGCCCAGCCUGCAGCUGAGUCAGACCAAAUCUCCUCAGCAUCUACAACAAACCAUUGUGGGCCAGAUCAACUACAUUGUGAGACAGCCAGCACCUGUCCAGUCCCAGAGCCAGGAGGACACAUUGCAGGUUACAGAUGAGCCUCCAGCGUCUGAGGGCCCAAAGCCAACUCUCCCUCUUGACAAGAAUACUGCUGCUGCCUUGCCCCAGACAUCUGGGGAAGAAACUUCUCACAGUGUCCCCCCCAUGGACAACACCAUCCAGCACUCCUCUCCAAAUGUGGUGAGAAAGCACUCCACCUCGGUGAGCAUCAUGGGUUUUUCCAACACUCUGGAGAUGGAGUUGUCAUCUACCAGGCUGGCAAGGACCCUAGAGCCACAGGUUCAGAGUGUGAGCAGCCUUACACCUGGCCCUCCCCAGGAAGUACCAAGCCUGCUGAGUGGCCCCCCACAAACUGUGUCCAACCAGACAAGUGUUCAAAACCACAGCAUGCCCAGCCUGACAACCAGUCAUCUGCAGACCAUGCCAAGCCUGGUGCAUGGAACAUUCCAGUCCAUGCCCAACAUGACGAAUGAGACCUCCCCGGCCAUCACAAGCCUAGCCAGUGACCACUCUCAGGCCAGGCCUAGCCUAAUGUCUGCUCACACCCAAUCUGUGCCAAGUCUGGUGACUUGUCCUCUGAAGAGCAGGCCCCUGGUUUCUGACAUGCAGCUGGAAACUGGAUCCAGUUCUAGUCCUGGCUCUGGCCGAACUGCAGAUAGCCUAUGUUCCAGGGACGGGGCUGACCCCUCCCUGGGAAAUGCUCUGUGUAAGAUGGAAAGUGAGGAUUCCUCUCACUUUACUGACUCAGUGGGACAAGGCCCCAUGGCCCCUGGGCUGGAUGCUCCCAAAGACUUGGCUAUUACCUCAGAACUAGAGGAGCCAAUUAACCUUUCUGUGAAAAGACCUCCACUGGCACCGGUGGCCAACACGUCUAUGGCUCUGCAGCAGUACCGAAACCCACAAGAAUAUCAGAAUUUUGAACAAAGAGCCUUAGAGCCGGAUACGAAAGAGAACCAGAGCAUCAGAGCCUUCAAUAGUGAGUCCAAGAUUCCCUAUGUGCGACUGGAGCGACUCAAGAUCUGUGCUGCUUCCUCGGGAGAGAUGCCUGUGUUCAAGCUGAAGCCCCAGAAGAAUGAUCAGGAUGGGAGCUUCUUGCUGGUUAUUGAGUGUGGCACUGAAUCCUCCAGCAUGUCCAUUAAGGUCAGCCAAGACAGUCUGCCUGAUGCCAUCCAGGCCCCAGGUCUGGGGGGAAGAAAGGUUACUGUCACUUCCCUGGCUGGGCAGCAGCCACCGGAAGUGGAAAGUACAAAUCCUGAAGAACACAGACUCAUUUCUCGAAUUCCUGGAGCCAAGAAGGGUCCCCCAGUCCCAAUAGAGAAUGAGGACUUCUGUGCUGUGUGUCUCAAUGGUGGAGAGCUGCUGUGCUGUGACCGCUGUCCCAAAGUGUACCACCUUUCCUGCCAUGUACCAGCCUUGCUCAGCUUCCCAGGGGGAGAGUGGGUGUGUACCUUGUGUUGCAGCUUGACGCAGCCUGAGAUGGAAUAUGACUGUGAGAACACCCGCUACAGCCAGUCUGGAGCGCGGGUACUUCCUGGCCUGAGCACAUGCGACCAAAAGAAGUGUGAGAAGCUGGUAUUGUCCUUAUGCUGCAAUAGCCUCAGCCUGCCCUUCCAUGAACCUGUCAGCCCCCUGGCACGGCAUUAUUACCAGAUUAUCAAGAGGCCCAUGGACCUAUCAAUUAUCCGGAGGAAGCUUCAAAAGAAGGACCCAGCUCAUUAUACCACCCCAGAAGAUGUGGUGGCAGACGUGCGCCUCAUAUUCUGGAACUGUGCUAAGUUCAAUUAUCCUGACUCAGAGGUUGCAGAGGCUGGCCGCUGCCUGGAAGUAUUCUUUGAGGGAUGGUUGAAGGAGAUCUACCCAGAGAAACAGUUUGCCCAGCCAAGGCAGCAAGAUUCAGACUCUGAGGAGGUGUCUAGUGAGAGUGGAUGUUCCACCCCUCAGGGCUUCCCGUGGCCCCCCUGUGUGCAGGAAGGCAUCCAACCUAAGAGGCGGCGAAGACAUAUGGAGAAUGAAAAGGCAAAGAGAAUGUCGUUCCGCCUGGCCAACAGCAUCUCACAAGUGUGAGAGCUGGAAGGAGACUGAGCACUCUGGCGGCUGGUGUCCCAUCCUUUUGACCAUUUCUCCCCAUCCUUCAGCUUACUCUUCAGAAUGUGGAUGUGAGAUAAGAUGAGUCUUGUUGAGCUGUGUAGUGCUCUUCCUUGUCAUUUGCAUAUACAGCAUUUAUUUGGGAGCCAUAGUGCAUCCACUACAGAGAAGAUUUCAGUAAUAAAGAGGAAAGAGGGAGAGGUGUUCCUUGUUGCCGGAGUAAUCAGAUGUAUGGGUAACUUGACAAGACCAUGCUUGGUCAGGUUCAGGAGGACCUAAAUUCCUUGAUGAAUUCUCUCUGCUGAGGAAUCAAACCUUUCUCACCUUUCAGUGUCCAGGGCUCAGGAGCAGAGUAUAUAAUCUCCUCCUGGCCCAAAAAGUGGGUAAAAGAAGGGAAGAAAUUUGGACACAUGGCAGCAUAUGAUCCCUGGCCCAGCACAGCCAAAGAUUGUCACUGUUUACCAUUGCUUGUCCUGUCAGGACAGAGGCACCUGCCAUAGGCUGAAUAAUGGAGGCAUCUAGAGACCAUAGAUCUCAAUUGGUGCCUAUGCGGGUUUUAACGGUUUUCAGGGUAGUUAUUUUUCAUACCCCCUCUCCUGAGGUUGACUUAGAUGUCAGCUGUGAAAGUACUCUGGAUGGUAUGGCAUUCUUGCCUGAGCUGGAUGACUGUGCAAAGACAACUUAGAUCUGGCUCAGAUUUCACUUGUAUCAAGAUGCCAACCUUGGAGUCUGCCCUCUGUGCCACUUACUUUGCGCUAAUAGCACUUGUUUAGUGUCAGAACAAGCCUUCCUAGAAGUGAUCAUCGUGCUUGUCAGUAGCCACUCCUUUAUCAUCUCCAUUCAGACAAUCUUGGUCCUGAGUUUUUCUUCAGAAAUCUGUGAGAUAGCUGUUGUUUUCUUCAGGUACAAAGUUCCCUGGACAAGGACAGUGACCCACACUCAGCUCACUCUGCCAGACCUCUUCUGCUUAGAGAUCUAGUUUUCAACCUCUCCACAUUCACAGAGCCAAAGAUUAGAAGUGAGUCCCCUAAAUAGCUUGCCUCCAGACUGUCCACAAACCAGAAAAAGCCAACACUCUACUGGCAUCCUUUUAUGUUGGAGGUUGGAGAAGACCAUGGAAGCAGCAGGAGACAACCUAGAAAUUCCUGGGGGAAGUUCUGUCAAGGGUAGAGAAGAAGAAAUUUGAGAGGUGAGAAGCCAGGGUCCUUUGGUGACCCUAAAGCAACUUCAGGACCUUAGUUCUCCUACAAUGCUGAAGGAUGCAUUCUGGAUGCCAUGGGAACAGGAGCUCCAGGCUGUAUCUCAAAUGGAUCUUCAUGGUUCAUGCAAGGUGUUUGUGAGGAAGUUGCAUAAAACUGGGGGUCAGGCUUCCUCCCAAGUAGGGACUUGGUUGAGAAGGUAACUGUUGCUGAUUUUGUUGGCCUGGUCCCAAGGCAGCUUUCCCUGGUCCUAUCAUAGUAUGGCUAAUUUCAGGGGAGGUUCAAGUUGUGGCUUUGUUUUCACCAAGAAAUACUAUUUAAGGAAAUUCUUGUUUGUAGGACUUUACUAAUAAGCAUUUUUUUUAAUCAGAAAAUAUUUCUUCUCUCCUUAUGAAGAGAGAUUUCCUUCUCCACCCAGGCUGAGAGAUUGUUUUCACUUCACAGCACCUUUGCCCAUUGACUUGCCAUUCUUUCAGCAGCAUAUUCCAUGCCCUCCUAAGCAGGUGGGCUUCCAUAAUCCUGCUUCCUAGUUCAAGGCAAUGAAGUCUUCAGUACACUACUUGGAAGGCAAUCUUUGGAUUUAGGUUUUGCUUUUGGGGACUUACAUGGCUUUCUGCUUUGGGCUAUGGCAAUUUUCCUCUCAAUUUUUAAGUCUUUUUCUCUUUUUAGCUGACUUGGCAAGGUUCCUUCUGUAUUCGCCUCAUUAAUUUCUGCCCUUGGUCAUCUUACCUUCGUGUAACCCAUGUUCCCCUACUGCCCUUGAGUGAACUUCAUGGUAUCUGGGCAUUGAAAAGUCAGUGAGAGCUGUGACAGGCUCAAACCUGAUUGAGAUCCUUCCCCAGGAUCAGUUGGAGACCAUAAAUAUGAAGCAUAAAUGCCUGGUUAAAAACUUACUUUCCCUUCCAUCAGUAAAGCUCCCAGCUUAGAUGUGGCCUAUCUGGCUCAAGGAUCAGCUACUGGAUCAGGAGAUCUUGGUAAUGUAGUGGAGAGUCUCAUAUUUCCUUCCCAUCACAGAGAUCAUGCAUGAUGAGAGGUUCCCAUUAGGCCCUGAGCAGGAAGGGGUGGGAAAUAGGGUGUUCUUUUCUGCAAGAGUGUGAGGCCCUGGCCCAUCAUACCUUCCCUACAGUGGUUACCCCUGGCAUUGCUCUUUCCCUGGCUUUUCCUAAAUACCUAGCAGUACCAACUUUCUGAGUCAUUGUUUUGUCUUAUUUUGCU